GCGCGAGGCGGGCGGGGCUAGGACCUUUUCCCCAGAAUGUCUGCGAGUCAAGAGAGCCGAUCCAGAGACAAUGGCCCCGAAGGGAUGGAUCCUGAUGGCGUCAUUGAGAGCAAUUGGAACGAGAUCGUUGACAGCUUUGAUGACAUGAACUUGUCAGAGUCACUCCUGCGAGGAAUCUAUGCUUACGGCUUUGAGAAGCCUUCUGCCAUCCAACAGCGAGCCAUUCUCCCUUGUAUCAAGGGUUACGAUGUGAUCGCUCAAGCCCAGUCUGGAACUGGGAAAACAGCCACUUUCGCUAUCUCCAUCUUGCAGCAAAUCGAGCUGGACCUGAAGGCUACCCAAGCGUUGGUUCUGGCCCCAACAAGAGAGUUGGCUCAGCAGAUCCAGAAGGUGGUGAUGGCGCUGGGGGACUACAUGGGCGCCUCUUGCCAUGCCUGUAUAGGGGGGACAAAUGUCCGUGCUGAGGUUCAGAAGCUGCAGAUGGAAGCCCCCCAUAUCAUUGUGGGGACGCCUGGGCGGGUGUUUGACAUGUUAAACAGGCGGUAUCUAUCGCCCAAGUUUAUCAAGAUGUUUGUGCUGGAUGAAGCCGAUGAGAUGCUGAGUCGGGGUUUCAAGGACCAGAUCUAUGACAUAUUCCAGAAACUGAGUGGGAACACGCAGGUGGUGCUACUCUCUGCCACCAUGCCCAUGGAUGUCCUGGAGGUGACUAAGAAGUUCAUGAGGGACCCAAUCCGUAUCCUGGUGAAGAAGGAAGAGCUGACUCUGGAGGGUAUUAGGCAGUUCUACAUAAACGUGGAGAGGGAGGAGUGGAAGUUGGACACAUUGUGUGAUCUCUACGAGACCCUCACCAUCACCCAAGCUGUCAUCUUCAUCAACACCCGGAGGAAGGUGGACUGGCUCACUGAAAAGAUGCAUGCCCGGGACUUUACGGUUUCAGCCAUGCACGGAGACAUGGACCAGAAGGAGCGUGAUGUCAUCAUGAGAGAGUUCCGCUCUGGUUCCAGCCGGGUCCUGAUCACCACAGACUUACUGGCUCGUGGAAUUGAUGUACAGCAGGUGUCCCUCGUCAUCAACUACGACUUGCCUACUAACCGCGAGAACUACAUCCACAGGAUCGGUCGAGGGGGCCGUUUUGGAAGGAAAGGAGUAGCGAUUAACAUGGUGACGGAAGAAGACAAGCGUACGCUACGCGACAUUGAGACAUUCUACAACACCUCCAUUGAGGAGAUGCCUCUCAACGUGGCUGACCUCAUCUGAGCUGCCUCUCGGGGCCCACUGUGCCUGCAAGAACCCCCUGUCCCACCCUCAAUUAGGCACAAUCCUUCCCAAUACCUUCCCUUUUCUAUUUUUUGAGUUUUCUUGCCUUUUGAAUAAAUGUCACUCUUGUGGGGGCAGAAUGACCUCUUUAGUGUUUACUGGCGCUUUUCUCUCGUCUCUUCCCCCUCUCUACUUGUUUGACUUCAUUUUGUAGCUCAGUUCUCCAGCAGCCCCAAGAAUCGAGGUGAGGAGGGAAGUAGAUGGUAGAAGCCAAGAUUCCUGGCAUCUAAUCUCUCUUUCCUGCUUUGCCCCCCAAAAUAUUUUGUAGUCUUGAAAUUAACCUUUCAACACAAUCGUGGUGCUAACAGGAAAAAAAAAACUUGAGAAUCAAAAGCCUACCUCGAAGGGUGAUGGUUCUCCUUUCUCCCCUGCCUAAAAUCAUUGGUUUAAGCAGAUUGCCAAGAUGUGUUUUUUCUCUCUGAAAUGAGACUGUCCCCAUCACACUUUGUUAAAAUAAAAUCUAAAAAAAAUUGAAAACUUUUCAUACAGCAAAAAAAUCUGUGCGUGCAACCUUGACCUUUUUUGUAUAGCUAUUAUUUAUUCAAAAGGAAAGUUACAGUGACCAAAAUAAACGUGAUCUUGAGAAAA